GUAAAAUGGUGCGAUAUAUAUUACGCCAGUAGACAUCUAGAUGACGGCUCUGUUAAAAUCUCAAAAUUAAUUAUCAGCUGUUUUGUUUUCUCUCCAGUCAACAGAGAAUCAAUAAUAUUGCUGCAUUAUGGGUGGACAUGGACAUGGACAUGGACAUCAUGAACCUCCAUACGUUGUUCCAAAACCAGAAAUUUAUAGAGUUGAAGAUGCACCAGAAUUAAUGAAACUUCAAGCUGAUUUAGCUAAAAUUGGUCUUAAAGAUCCAUGGGCAAGAAAUAAUGCUUGGCGUUUUCAUCCAAAAUAUGGCACAGUAUGGACAAGAAUGGCACAACAUUUUUGGCGUGGUGUACCAACUGGUCUUGCUCUAUUUGGGCUAACACUUGCUGUUGAAAAUUAUUUGGGUAUUGAUUAUCAUCCAUGGCUUCAUCAUGAUAAUCAUGGUGAACAUGAAAAAAGUGAACAUUAAUAAUUUAUAAUUUAAAAAUCAAUAUUUGAUAAUUAAAAUAAAUUUAUUGAAUGUAUUUUGUCUCCAUCAAGUUAAAGACCAAUAAUAAUGGAGUAGUUAAAAGGUAUAUACAUGAUUCUUGAAAAUAAAUAAUCAAUUUAAAAAUAA